AUGUCUCGGGCUCUACAUGAUAUGAACAUGGAGCUCAAUGAGAAAUCUAAGGAGAAGAGAGAAAUGAAUAUUAAUAGACAGAAGUUGCAUUUGUAUUUGAAAGAAGUCCAGUACAGAUCCGAACUUGGUCAGACCUUCUCCUUUGAUGAUAACAGAGAGUAUGUCACUAAGUACUUGAUCCAUAGCAACUUCAUGGCUUCUCGUGUGAAGGUGAUUAAAUACUCCCUUGCUUUUUUUAUCCUUACUACUCAGCUGAUAUUGGGAGUUUUUAUUAAAUACCGGGACACCCCCAUAGUGAGAGCCAACAACCGGAGCCUGAGCUUCCUCCUCCUUGUCUCCAUCAAGCUGAGCUUCCUCAGUGUGUUUCUGUUCCUCGGUCGCCCUGUGGAUAUAACCUGCAUGCUGCGCAUCAUCACUUUUGGAAUCACCUUCUCCAUAGCUGUCUCUUCUCUCCUGGCCAAGACUAUCAUGGUUUGUGUUGCUUUCAAAGCCACCAAGCCAGGGAGCUCAUGGAGAAAAUGGCUGGGAGUCAAACUGUCCAAUUCUGUAGUCUUGUUCUGCUCAUCCAUUCAAAUAAUCAUCUGCAUGACUUGGUUGGCCAUUUCUCCUCCCUUUCAGGAACUGGACAUUCACACUUCCCCUGGAACCAUCAUCAUUCAGUGCAAUGAGGGCUCAGCUAUUGGCUUUUACUCAGUUAUUGGGUAUAUGGGGCUUCUGGCAGCUGUUAGUUUUGUUUUAGCAUUUUUAGCUCGGAGCUUACCGGACAGUUUUAAUGAGGCCAAGUACAUCACUUUCAGCAUGCUGCUCUUCUGCAGUGUUUGGAUCACAAUGAUCCCGGCCUAUCUGAGCACCAAAGGCAAAAACACUGUGUGUGUGGAGAUAUUUGCCAUACUCACCUCAAGCGCGGGCCUUUUAGCCUGUAUAUUUCUGCCCAAAUGUUACAUUAUUUUGUUAAGACCUGAAAUGAAUACAAAAUCCUGUUUAUUUACAAACUAA